GCCAUUGACAUGGCUAUCGCUGUUCUCGCUAACACGAAUGGAGAGGAUACAAUACUCUUGCCUCAGCCCUCCUUCCCACUAUACAAUACCUUGUGCUCUUCGAGAGGUAUAAACGUCGACUUUUAUAAGUUACGGAGCGAUAGAAAAUUUGAGGUGGAUAUGACCUCCCUGCAACGCAGUUUGGAAAGUAAUAAACUUAAUGCCAAGGGUAUACUCCUGAAUAAUCCUAGUAAUCCUUGUGGCAGUAACUGGACACGUGAACAUAUAGGAGACAUCGUAGCGCUAUGUCAAGAGUUUGGUAACUUACCAAUAAUCGCCGAUGAGAUCUACCAUGAUAUGGUCAUUCG